CGCAAAUCCUCCCUCCUUGUGUGACGGUACAACGCACAGUUCAUUGUCUCUAAGGUGGCGGCUACCUUGGCGUCGGUCUCCCUGAUGGACGUGGUGGGCCGACGUCGGCUGCUCACCAUCUCCUCGAUGGUGUGCGUCUUCUCCAUGGUGAGCAUCGGCGCACUGCACCAGGUGGCCAGCAGUGAAGACAAAUCGGGCGGCAUAAUGGCCAGGGAGCGCAUGCCCAUCAUUUUCCUGGGACUCUACAUUAUCGGCUACUCGAUUGGCCUCGGUCCCGUGGUGUGGAUCCUGGGAGCCGAGUUGGUGCCCUGCCGGAACCGUGGCUUCUACCUGGGCGCUGCUACUGCAUUCAACUGGGUCUGCGUGCUGGUCGUCACCUGGUUGUUCAACAUCUUGCGGGAGACGUACCACUUCUCUGGCAUGGGCUGGUUGUUCAGCUCCGUGACAUUCGUCGGUGCCAUGCUGGUGAACUUUUUCCUUCCGGAGACCCAGGGACACAGCCUCGAGCAGAUUCUACUGCGGCAGUUCCGCGAGCGCGAUGACGCGUCCACCCAGUCGACCAGGCUCUAGGUCGAAAGGGAGCACAA